GGUAACCGUGGUACUGCGCGAAAAAUUAUCACAUUCGUUGGUAGCAAAGUGCUGUGUUUUGAUUCAGAAGGACAUUUCGAUGUGGUAUGAUAGAUUUCCGGGGCUAGGCUUGAACUGUUACAUCCUAGUAGCCAAGUGAGGCAGGCACCAUCACUUGGACUGCCUGAGGUGGUUGCGGUUUCGAACUUUGUGCGGACUGUUUCACGAAGUGUGGUUCGUAUGGUGAUGUCAGAGCAAGGUGGACUGGCAAUGCACCAGUUACCAAUGCAUCACAGGGGUUUGGUCCAACCGAGCCUGGUUAUGAAUCCGCAUCCCAUCAACGAUUCUUGCUCAGUGGAUUCGCAUAACAAGAAAAACCGGAGAGCCAGUCACUGCGUGGGAUGCGGGGGCCAAAUCCAUGACCAGUACAUCCUGAGGGUGGCUCCGGAUCUCGAGUGGCACGCUGCCUGUUUGAAAUGCCAAGAGUGCCGCCAAUUCCUGGACGAAACGUGUACGUGCUUCGUGAGGGAUGGCAAAACUUACUGCAAAAACGACUACGUCAGGUUGUUCGGUACAAAAUGUGAUAAGUGCGGGUCCUCGUUCAGAAAAGAAGACUUUGUGAUGCGCGCCAAGAGCAAGAUCUACCACAUAGAGUGCUUUCGGUGCUGCGCCUGUGCGAGACAGUUGGUGCCCGGAGACGAGUUCGCGUUGCGCGAGGGUGGCGCUCUCUACUGCAAGGAGGACCACGACGUGAUGGAGAAGAAUUCGGCGCCCACGACGCCGCACGCCGCCGGUGAAAGCAACAAUAACACCAGUCUCAGCAACAACAACCACAACAGCAACUCCACGGAACUGGGGUGCAUGUCGGAUUCGGGCUCGGAGAGCGGGUCCCACAAAGGAGGCGGUGGGGGUGGGCUGCGGAAGGGCGGCGGCGGAGGCACCGGCAGCGACGGCAAACCCACCCGGGUCCGCACCGUGCUCAACGAGAAGCAACUGCACACGCUGAGAACGUGCUACGCGGCCAACCCCCGACCGGACGCCCUUAUGAAGGAGCAGCUUGUGGAGAUGACGGGACUCUCGCCUAGAGUUAUCCGGGUGUGGUUCCAGAACAAGCGGUGUAAGGACAAGAAGAAGACGCUGCUGAUUAAAGCGCAGAUGCAGCAGGAGAAGUAUUAUACGCAGGAUGGCCGGAAACUGGGCUACGGUGCCAUGCAAGGCAUCCCCAUGGUGGCUUCCUCGCCGGUACGUCAUGAUUCUCCCAUAGGGGUGCAUCCCUUGGAAGUGCAGGCGUACCAACCGCCUUGGAAGGCGCUCUCCGACUUCGCCCUCCACUCAGAUCUCGAACAGCCACACCAACCCGCCUUCCAGCAACUUGUUAACCAGAUGCACGGGUAUGACCUUCCGCCUCCUUCAAUAGGUCCGUCACCAGGUGCGCCGCACCCAGGAGGCCUCAUGGGACCCGGUGGCCCUGGAGCACCACCUUCGGAUGCCAUGACCCAUCCAGAUAGCACUGAUAGUUAUGUGACGUACCUGGAGAGUGACGAUAGUCUACCUGCCAGCCCCUAACACACUGGAGGGAGCAACUAGCGCCUUCACCCCAACUUACUCAUGUGCUGGGGGGCCCUCCUCAUGCAUCGACUCUCUCAUUUCAUGCCACCCCCACCCUGACCACAUGUUAACGCCAAUGACACUUUGUUUUGAAAUCGUUGUUAUAUUUGUUGUUUUUGUUUGUUUGUUGUUUGUUAUUUACUUUUAUAAAGAAGAUGCAAAUGGCAAACUAGUCCACGAAUUUGUUUAAGAAGGAAUUCAUUCUUGCAAUUAUUUUUGUAAUUGCAGACUUGGAAUCUUUACGUAAGGGUGUAAUAUAAAAGUGCAAUUUUUAAAUUUUCUUUGAACAUUUAAAGCAAACUGUAUAAUAAAGGUUUAUCAAGAUUUUGUGAUUUACAAAACAGAAAGAAAUAUUAUAACAUAGAUAAAUUGUCAUUAUUGUUUUAUUUUUUGCUCAUUCAAUUCAAACUUAUCUCUAAUCUAAAAUUGAAGCUUAUUAAAAUCAAAUUUUGAUCAAGCAUAUAGUCACCAUAUUAGAGUUUAUAUCCGCACCAUUCUAUUAACAAAAAUUCUUCACAGUCAUUCAAAAAGUUUAUAUACAGGGUGCAUUUUUGACAGGAUCCCAAGACUACCUUUCACCUUUCACAUAUCAACUUUGUUUUCUCAAAUUCCAUUAAAACUGAUGUGAUUGCAUAAAGAAAUUGUGUGACGUUUCGUCAUUAAUAUUAUUCUACAAUGAAAGUUAACACGAACUGUAUAAGCAAUUUCGCUAAAAAUCCUUCCAUAAAUUUUUAUUUGAUUUUAAACAUUUGAAUUCAAACUUUUUGCCAUUGUGAAGUACUAGACUGUGGACGUUGUCAUUAUAGAAAACUUCUUAUUUAAUUGUAAGUAACUCCUCUGUGUC